AUGUCUUGGUCUGAGGUUAAGAACUAUGACAUCCCAUUUUACACACCAAUAUCUUAUCGUGGAAGAACCAACAAGCUAUGUAGACUACCCAAUGGUAUGCUAGUAUUGCUGAUUUCAGAUCCUGGUGAGUCUUCAUUUGGCUGUUCCCUUUCUGUUGCAACUGGUUCUCAUAACGAUCCAAAAGAAAUUCCAGGUCUAGCUCAUUUAUGUGAGCACAUGAUUUUGGCGGCUGGUUCAAAAAAGUAUCCAAACCCGGGUCUUUAUCAUGAAUUGAUUGCCAAAAAUAAAGGGUUACAAAACGCCUAUACUACAGGUGAACAGACUACUUUUUAUUUCGAAUUACCAAACGUUAACCAAACCUCGACGCCUGUCUUCGAGGAUAUUAUAGAUGUUUUCGCAUCUUUUUUCAAAGACCCACUUUUUAAUCAAACACUAACAAGUAAAGAAAUUUAUGCCAUUGAAAGUGAACAUACUGGGAAUACAUCAAAUCCAACUAAAAUUUUUUACCAUGCUGAAAGACUUUUAGCUAAUAGUAAUCACCCAUUUAGUCACUUCUCAACUGGUAAUAUCAAUACCUUGAGUAGUGGUCCUCAACUCAGGAAAAUCAACUUAAAAUCUCUAUUAGACUCUUACUUUAAGGUGAAUUUUAAGGCCGAAAACAUGACAUUAUGUAUAAAGGGACCUCAAUCUGUUAAUAUCCUUACAAAAAUAGCUAUUCGAUAUUUUUCUGAUAUUAAAGGCUUAAACUCAAUUAAAAAACCAAAAAGAUUUGGAACUAUAAGAAAAUCGAUUUCGACAUCUGAAAAAUCUAUACCAUUGUCCCCAUCAUCUCCAACUUCAUGUAAGUCUAUUAGCUCAGUUUUAAGUGAAACCAACUCUUCUUUAUUAUCAACUAAAAUUUUGGAGAACGUCUGGUCACCAAAGUACAAUAACAUGGUUUGUUUUGACCCCAAGCCAAAAUACAAUACAAUUAUUGUAAAGUCAAACAAAAAACCCGUUUUAAGAUUGGUAUUUCCAGUGGUAACAAAUAAAGGUAAGUUUAGUAAGGAAGAAUUGAUAACCUUUUGCAACCUUUGGUGUGAAACUUUGGGAGACGAGUCAGAGAAUUCUAUAUGUAACAUUCUGAUGAAUGAGGAAUAUAUAACUGACAUACUGGCAUUCACAUCAGAUUUUGCAUUGAACAAUAUUGGAUUGAUAUUAGAAUUUUCUCUAACAGAUAAAGGUUUAAAUAACGUCAGUCACAUUAUAAAUUCAAUUAUGGAAUCGGCAAUUCCAAAAUUAUCAAAAGAGUAUACGGAAGAAUUGGCUAGGUUUUUAAGCGAAUGUGAUUCAAUUGAUUUGUUAAAUUUUCUUCACAAAGAAAGUGAGUUAUCACCAAUGGAGGAAUGCUCAGACUUAAGUGGUCUUAUGCAAACGGAUCUUGAUAUUCUGAAGCCAGAAUGUCUGUUCAAACAAAGUCCGAUGAUAGUAGGAAACAAAUAUCCUACUAUUGGUAAUUUUGGAGAAAGUUCAGAGAGUAGACAAUGGUGGUUAAAUAAGGCUACCAUGUACCAGGAAUUUUUGGAAAUGUACAUGAAUAAAGAUUUGUUAAGAAUUGCAUUAUUAUGCGAUUUUUCCGAAAAACAAUAUUUUGGUAAAAAUGUUUCUGAACAAAAGUUGGUUACUGACACAUUUUAUGAAUUUGAUUAUAUUAAAUUAUCGGUGUUACCUGAAAAGGUACCAGAAGAUCAGGUAGAUAUAUUCUCAAACUUAAAAUUCCCUGCUAAAAAUGAAUACAUUCCCGAAUUAGGAAGAAGUUUAUUAUACUUACGGGAAAUGCUGAAAAAAGUUUCAUAUGAAUCGAGAUCACCAAUAUUAUCAUUAACAACUCCUAGUAAGGCUACUAGACCAAUACCAAAGUUGGCGGAAAAAGGUGACAUGUAUGAAAUGUGGGUGAUGGAAGAUAAAUUCCGACCUUCUACUGAGAAAAAGACAAUUGUGACGUUUGAUUUAUUAAGUUUGGAUGUACCACCAACCCCCAAAAAUACAAUGCAUUUGGAAAUUUUAGGUCAAAUUUUAUACGUUUUACUAUCUCCAAAAUUAUACCCUUCUUUAAAAUUAGGAUAUACUUACGAAAUUGCAUCUUCCUCGAAGGGAGAUGUUAGAUUGAGUUUUACACUUUCUGGUUAUUCAGAUGGGUUAACAGAAGUUGUCAAAACCGUCAUUAAAACCUGCUUUACAAUUGCAAUUGAUGAUGAAAUUCCAUCAAAAAGAUUACUGAGAAGAGCCAGAAUUCUUACAAGAAGAAAGUAUGAAAGUGCAGCAGCAGAGAAUUGUGCCAAACUUGCAAGCGUUGGGCUAAUCAUUAUGCUUGAAAAAUAUAUUUGGCCUUUAGAAGACAGACUGAAUGCCUUAGAAGAGUCCGAUAUUCAUUCAUUCAAAGAGUUUUGUAUUGCUUUCCUUCGUUCUAAAAAAUACUUAAAUUUGAUUGUACAAGGCAAUUUAAAAUGUGCCAAUGAAAUAAACAAAUAUCUAAAUGACAGUUUUACAAAUCAUUUAGGUGAAAAAUCAGGUAAAAAUACAAAAUCAGUCGAUUGUUCAAAGACGACAAAACUGCUAGAACCAGGAACAAAUUGCAUAUUCGAACAUUUUGGACAUCCUGAUGACCCUAAUAAUUGUAUUGUUUAUUUUAUUCAAACUGGCAAAAGAGAUGAUAAGAAAGCUCUUGCUUUGACAUCAUUUACCGAAUACCUUUUAUCUCUAACCUUAGUUCCUGAUCUUAGAAAUAAGAAACAAAUCGGCUAUGUAGUAUUUGGUGGGAUGAGAGUACUUUCGGACACAGUUGGAAUCCAUAUCACUGUCAUGUCGGGAAGCAAUCCAUUGGACUUAGAAGAAAAGAUCGAUGAAUACUUGUAUUUCCUAGAAUCCGAGGUACUAAAGAAAUUAUCAGAAGAACAAUUUGGAAAAAAAUUUGUAAAAGAUUACUUGUCGACAAUGGGCGGUGAUUCAACGGGGGAUAUGAUGAGUACGGCUGGUCCACCUAAUGUUCUUGAUGGGAUUGCAGCUAAUGUACAAGCUGGAGAUUUUUCAGUUUUGAACAGCUUACAAAUGAUAACCCAUAGGAGAAUUAAGAACGAAAUCACAAGCAAGAGAUAUAAUUUCUCUAAUGAUGAUAUUGAGACUGAUUUGAAUUUCAUCAAACAUCUAACCUUAAAGAAAUAUCUGAAAUUUUUUGAGGAAAAUAUCUCUAUCAGUUCAGUGAACAGAAGUAAGUUAUCAGUAGCGAUUACAAGUCCAAUGGCAACUCAGGAAAUCAUGAACAGAAAGUUUUUCUUGCAGUUGGAGGGGUUUUUAAAAUUAAAUGGGUUUACCAUUAACAACGACACAUUAAAAAGUAUGGUUAGUGAGUCACAAGGAAGACCGGGAAAGCUUUUCAAGCUUCUGUUCAAUUAUUUCAGUAAUCGAGGUGAAGGUUGGAAAUUCUGUAAAAUUGUCACUAGUGAGGUAUUGAAGAUUAUUGCCAUCAGUGUCAAGCCAAAUUUUUCUGGUAUUUUCCCAUCGAGCAAACAAAGUGAUAGCUCCAAUAUUCAAACAUGGUCUUCUAGUGUAAAACCUGCGAUAACUUUAACAAAAGUUAAUGAUGUUCAUAUAUUCAAAGUAUGA